AUGGCAUUCAAAUUUGUUGCAUUGUUCGCAAUCUUUGCUGUUGCCACCGCUCAGCACUACGAUCCACAUUACUAUCAACAGCCUCCCCAGUAUCAUGCUCAGCCAGCUUUACUGAAGACCGUCCAGCCCGCCAUUGUCAAGAGUGUUCAACCUGCCCUGGUUAAAACGUACCAGCCAGCUCUGGUGAAAACGGUUAAACAAAUCGAAUACCCAGAUGCUCCAGCCCAGUACCAAUUUGCCUACGACGUUCACGAUGACCAAACCGGAGACAUAAAGAGCCAACAGGAGGAACGUAACGGAGACAAUGUAAAGGGAGUGUACACUUUGAUCGAUGCCGAUGGAUUCCGUCGGAUUGUCGAGUACACUGCCGAUGAACAGAAUGGAUUCAAUGCCGUUGUUCGUCGUGAACCUUUGGAAGGCCACAAGGUUAUCAAAACCGUUGCCCCAAUCGCUAAAGUGGCCUACGCUCCAGCUCCGGUUCACCAAUACCAGCCAGCACCAAUUCAGCACUACCAGCCCGCUCCUAUCCAGCACUAUCAGCCUGCUCCCAUUCAGCACUACCAACCGGCUCCAAUUGCUAAGAUUGCAAUCCCAGCCGUUACCAAGGUAGCCCUUCCGGUUGCCAAGGUUGCCUAUGCGCCUCACCCGGAAACCGUCAAUCACGUUCAGUUCAGCGGACAUUCCGCCAACUACAAUUACUAAGUUACCUGGAACCUACCUCGAUUGAAUGAUGAC